AUAAUCUUAAAAACAAGAAAAAUAUUUUUUAAAGAAAAAACAUUCAGUGUUAUGCGUUAGCCAAGCUAGUGAUGCCAAGCGCUGACGACCAAGUUUUGUUUACUUCCGGCAUAGCAACUCGAUCUUUGGCGAUUUAAUAAAACAACAACAAAUGCAUCCCCACGGGAAGCAUGUGUAUAUGCCUCCUACACGCAUCGGAAAUAUGGACAAAAGUUUUUGAUACUUGUGAGACCUUUCGAUAUAUUGAUGGAUGUGUGUGCGCAUUAUCCGAUUUUCGAUCUUGUCGCCGUGUUCCUGUGAUGAACCUUCAUAUAUUAUAUAUUAGUAGGGUUGCUGGAUUUUCUGACCCACAGUGGGGGCCUAUGCACUCACUAAAACACAUGCUGCUGAUUUUCUUUCUUACCCUAUGUUAAGGUGAAGACAGAUGGCUAUGCACGUUACUUCUACAACAAGGACACCGAGUGGAGUACACUGCCGCAUCCGACUCCUUCACCUUUGCCCCCAUGGAUUUCAUAGAAUUUUUCAAGCAGAGGCGACGAUGGACGCCCUCCACGAUGAUCAACGUCCUUGACCUGAUCAUGUCCUGGAAAACGACUACCAGAAACAAUUCUGACAUCUCCAUCCUGUACAUCAUCUACCAGCUGGGACUGUUUGUCUCGUCCGUCGUCACCCCGGGGACGGUCUUCAUGCUGAUUGUCGGGGCUCUCAGUUCCAGCUUCCAGAGCAUUACCCUAACGACAUCGUUUCUAAUUAACUUGGCACCACUCGUCAUAUUUGUGAUUCUCUGUUUCAAGACCAGUACAAAAACCCAGCUGACGUUCGCCCUAGUUCUGACAGUAUGCUACUGCCUGCUUAUGACAGUGGUGCUGGUCGGAAUUAUCAAACAGGCAGCUGAGAGUGGCUUCUGCUCCAUCUCGACCAUCUUCCUGACAGGGGUUGCUGGCAUCUUUGUCAUCUCUGCUCUGCUCCAUCCUCAGGAAAUAACAUGCCUCUUCCACGGAGUAUUGUACUUCCUUCUCAUCCCAAGCACAACCCUCCUGAUGGUCAUUUACUCUCUGGUCAACUUGAACGACGUGUCAUGGGGAACGAGAGACAGUGGAGAGUCCAGCAAAGUGCAGGGAAAAGAUGAACCGAAGAAGAAAAUGAAAACUUCAAAGAAAUUGCUGUCGCUACUACUGUCAAGGGUAACUGGUGGUGAUGGUCUAGAAGAGCCUCUUCUUGAAGGAAAUCAGGUGGUUGAAGAUAGACCAUCGGAUGAGAAUAGUCCACAGGGGAACACUUCGGAGGAGCAAAAUGAUUUGCCAGACGGAGACAAGACCAAUGACAACGACCUUUUGGAUCCUUAUCGAGGCCGUCGUGAGAAUUUGUCCGAAGAUGAGAACAUAUUUUGGUCAAACCUUAUCAGUGAAUACCUGGAACCUAUAGAUGAAAAGGAUGACACGCUUACAAAGAACCUGGCUGCACUUCGGAACACAGCUUGUCUUGGCUUCAUCCUUAUCAAUGCAGUGUUUAUCGUUCUUCUAUUCGCACUAGAGAGCAUAGCACAGCAUACGCCAAACCUGGCCUUUGAACUGCCCUGUCCGGAUCCAACAUUUAAGCCGGAAAAGGUACAACCAUUAUCAAUAGCUUUCAUAGUGGUGUUCGGGUUGUUGUUGCUGGUACAAUUUAUCGCUAUGCUAUUUCAUCGGUUUUCAACCUUGCUGCAAAUCAUUGCCGGUAAAGAGAUUCACUUUAGUUACAUUUGGAAACGAAAAGGAACCAAUAGUGAUGUCCAGCUUGAAGAGUUGAUGAGGCUAAUCCAUGACUAUGAAAACAAGAGUUCAGACACAACAACAAUAUCGACGGAUGACGAAAAGAAAGAGGACAGAAGAAGGAGGUAUCGACUGAAAAGCAUGAAAAGUGACCUCGGUAACAGACAUCUUUGGCACAAAAUGUGCCAAAUAGCAAUUGAGCUGUACAAUAAUCGGAACCGUGAUUUCGCCCUUGAUGAAGCUGUGAGGGAGGAAUUUGAAAACCUUUCCUUGAUGUCGAGGAGGACAAUUGAAAACCUGGUGAGAAAGGCAAUUGAUCAAUUGUUGAAAAAAGGGGCUAACAUAAACCCGAUGCCGUUUACCGAAACGGUUUUGGCGGAACUAAACAGGAGGGAGAUUCGGGUUGAGGAGAAGACUAAAGGAGAACCCAAAACCUUAAAUUCAGUAUUUGGGUUGACCGUUUAUGACAAGAAACGCAGACGACAAACUGUUAUUCCUGGAGGAACAUUGGGAUCAUAUGGAUACUGGAGCGAGGCAUCAAGAAACACAACUGUUUCACAAGUACGUACCUCAUACAGCGUUAAAGAAGAGAUAGAACCUGACUAUGACUAGUAGAAUAUGUUGUGUUGCAUAUGGAGGUGUUGCAGAAACAUGUUUUCUCAUACAUUAUAACGUACUCGAGAUGAAACAGUCAUCUAAUAAACACAGUCUUAGACGGGGAGGUGGGUAGCCUAGUCUUUUAUGCGUUCGCUUGUGACGCCCAAAAACCGGGCUCGAUUGCCCACAUGGGUACAAUAUGUAAAGCCCAUUUCCGGUGUAUCCAACCGUGAUAUUGCUGGAAUAUUGCUGAAAGCGGCGU